CCUGUGGGAUCACUUUGCCACUGUGCUGACACGAGUCACUGACUGCCUGAACAGCAUCUUCACUGCAUCAGAGGGAACAGCACUAAAAUUGCCUCCAUGUCAUCUGACGGGGACGACUGCCACCUGUGUAAAGAGUACCUCAGGGAUCCUGUGUCCAUCCCGUGUGGCCACAUCUUCUGCUCCGUGUGUCUAAAAACCUACUGGGACCAUGCUGACCACACGGGUUCGUACCUGUGCCCGCAGUGUAGGGUCACCUACAACAAGAGGCCCACCCCGAGACGCCUGGGAGGUUCCCGGCACUCCACCCUUCAACGCAACGCCGAAUCCUUUCCGCCGCCACCUCCGUCCCCUGACUACAACUUCGCAGGACCCCAGGAUGUAGGCUGUGACAUCUGCAUUGGAAAGAAACACAGAGCUGUCAAGACCUGCCUGAUGUGUCUGGCCUCCUACUGCGAGAAGCAUCUCAAGCCCCAUUAUGAGUCAAACACUUUUAAAAGGCACAAGCUGGUGGAUGAAAUCGGCCAUCUGGACAGACAGAUCUGUCCCCAGCAUCAGAAAGGUCUGGAGUUGUUCUGUCGCACUGACCAGAUGUGUAUCUGUGUGCUGUGUACGGUGAAAGAGCACAAAGGUCAUGACAUGGUGUCUGCCGAGCAGGAGAGGGCGGAGGAGCAGCAACGGCUGGGCGCCACCCAGGCUGAGAUCCAGGAAAAGAUUCAUGACCGCCUCAAGCAGAUGGAGCAACUAAAACAAGCUGUGGACUCACUUAAGAACUCAGCCCACACGGCGCUGCAGGAAUGCGAGAAGAUGUUUGCCGACAUGCUGCGCUCCAUUGAGAGGAUGCAGCAAGAGAUGGCCAAGCUCAUCUCCUCCAACAAGAGAUCAGCACUCAACAACGCAGAGGGCCACAUGGAGCGUCUGAGCCACGAGAUCGCGGAUCUGAAGAGGAGAGACAAUGAGAUCACCCAGCUGUCCCGCACCGAGGACCACAUCCACUUCAUCCAGAGCUACCACAUGCUGAUAGCCCAGACAGAGGCCGAGGAGCUGCCUACAGUGAGCGUCAACCCCUACUUCACCUUCGGCCCAGUCACUAAGGCCGUCUCUGAGAUGAAACAGCACCUGAAUGAAUUCGGCAACGAUGAACUGGUGAAGGUAGCCAAGGCAGUGAACAAAAUGACCUUCUGUCAACUGGAUGAAUCCAAAAAGAGACGGUCAACAAAAAAUGAAGAAGCCCCCGUGUACAAGUCUCUUCCAGUCCAGGAGCCUCAGUACAGGGACGAAUUCCUGAAAUAUGCUUGUGACCUCACCCUGGAUUCAAACACAGCCUACCGACAGCUCUACUUGUCUCGAGGAAAUAGGAAAGCCGCCCUUAAGAGAGACCCCCAGUCCUACCCUGACCACCCUGCCAGGUUCGACUCCCUGCCCCAGGUCCUGUGUAAGGAGGCUCUCGCUGGAGGAGCUUACUACUGGGAGGUUGACUGGAGUGGGGAGGGGGCUGCCAUUGGAGUCACCUACAAAGGCAUCAAGAGGACGGGCUACGGAGACAGCUGCCGCAUCGGCUACAACCGCAAGUCCUGGAGCCUCUUCUGCUCUGAUUCCAGCUACUCCGCCCGCCACAGCAAAGACCAGAUAGAGAUCAACGCACCCUACUCAUCACGUAUCGGGGUGUUCCUAGACCACGCUGGGGGUACACUCUCUUUUUACUCCGUAGGGGAAACCAUGACUCUCAUCCACCGCUUCAAGGCCUCCUUCAGCGAGGCGGUCUAUCCAGGCUUCUGGGUUUGGUACGAAUCAGCCAUUGCGCUCAUCCAGUGAUUACACUUCCAAUGAUCAAUGUACAACUGUGAUUUAGUUUUGGUAUACAUUUACAGAACAAAAACAUUACUAUUCUUUGAUUAUAUGUCAUAAUUACUUUGCAAUAUUGAAUUUUUUAGACUAUAUACACAAUGUGCUGAGGAUCAGGGGAGCUGUUCUUGAUGACUGUGAAUGUUCUGCAAAUCAACAUGUGUGAAUGAACUGUCAGAUCAGGUGUAUGAAGUAAAUGCAUUUAACUUAUAAUUACAAAUAAGGAAGGCUCUACUUGAUUGAAAUAUGUCAUGAUCAUUUAUACUGAUUAUGAUACACUUAUUUUUUAUCAAUAAACAUUUUAUAAAAAAGGCAAA